AUGCCUCGUAAUAAUGACAGCUCCAAUUCUCAACACCAAGUCAGCGCGGGCCCGAUCCGAUCGGCCAACUCCAUGCAUAAGCCUUCGAGGGUGAAUAUCUCAAUUUUCACCUUGGUCGCUACAUUCAUCUUUAUCUUCGCCAUUAUUUUUCCUUAUUUGGCACCGUCUCCACUUCCUCCCUCACACGCGGCCUCUGAUGGAGAAACAAUUAUUAAACUAUUUCAACACCUCGGAAGGACGACUAUCUGGAAGAGUAUCGCAAACAUUAGCUUCCAGGGCGACACCUUUGAACCCGAAGGUCUGGUCCGCUUGGGUCCAGAUCGUUAUGUGGUCAGCUGUGGAGAGUACACGGAGCAUACGCAAAAGUAUCCUCAUCCCAUCAAUGGCACCGAUCGGACGCCAGGAAAAGGUUUUGCCCACCUGAUGACGUAUAAUGGCAAGGGAGAACGGAUUGCCGACGCGACAAUCACAAGAGAGGGAGAAGAAGAGUACCACAACGGCGGGAUUGACUACGACGGACGCACAGCAUAUGUUUAUAAGGCGGACCCUUAUACCUUGAAGCCACAGAUCGUGUUACGGUACACCGAUCAUCUGGGUGGCAUCGUCCACGAUACCACCAAGGGCAGACUCACGACACUCAACUGGGGAAGCCGAAAUGCAACUGUCUGGACUCUCAAAGAUGGAGUGGCAGACAAUUGUUCUACCAAAAAGCCUCAAUCUACAACCCGCAACCCGAGCUAUUUUGUCGACUAUCAGGAUUGUAAAUGGCUGGGACGAAGUGAAUUUUACAAAGGCGCAAGCGUAAUGCUUUGCUCUGGGGUGACUGCGCUGGAUGGCGGAUACAGUCUGGGUGGGAUUGCGUUGGUUCAUACUGAAACAAUGCAGCCUUUGGCUGAAGUGCCAAUCAUGCUUCAGAGUGCGCUCGGGGUGAGAAUGACACAAAACCCGAUGGAUGUGAGCGUGGAAAAUGGAAAGCUGCGGUUUUACUGGCUUCCAGAUCCGAGAAGCAGCACGUUGUACAUAUAUGAAGCAGAACCUAAUAGUCCUUUUGAGUAUGGUGGCGGAUGAAUUGAUACUUCUAUCUGUAU